AUGGAGGCCACCGACGUCGCCGAAAAAAUGAGGCAGCGCUCCGCAUCGAUCGAGGAGUCCCAUCAGUUGGCAAUGCAGAGGGUGGUGGCGGCUAAGAGAGCCGCACGGCUCGCGAAGCAGAACCGCGCCGCACGGCACACCACGUGUGACACGUACUACGUACGUACGUACGCAGCAGCAGCCAGCCAUGGUUCUGCCGGCUCGCCGGGCGCAGUGGCGGUGGCGCUGGUGGUGUGGAUGGCAGUUGUUGCUCUGGCGGGCGCCGACUUGGCAGCGGACAGCAAGUUGUGCGCGGAGAAGCUGGCUGUGCUGGCGACGUGCUUGCCCGUCGUGGAGGCGACGGCGACGGUGCGUGCGCCCACGCCGGAGUGCUGCGCCGGGCUCCGGGAAGUUCUGGGUGACAGCAAGAAGUGCCUGUGCGUGCUGACCAAUGACCGCGACGACCCGGCCAUUGGGAUAAAAGUCAACGUCACCCGCGCCAUGGACCUCCCCUCCGCCUGCUCCGUCCCCGCCGUCCUCUCCGACUGCCCGAAGCUCCUUCACAUCUGGCCGGACUCUAAGGAAGCGGAUAUCUUCAAGAAUGCUCCAUGCUAA